GCGGCGCCGGCUGCAGCCGCCUGGGCCCCGGGCCCGGCUCCUCCCGCGCCGCCCGGGCGAUGAGAAGCUGUUUCUGCGUGAGACGGAGCCGGGACCCGCCGCCGCCGCAGCCGCCGCCGCCCCAGCGGGGAACAGACCAAGCCACCAUGCCUGAAGUCAAAGAGCUUUCAGAAGCCUUGCCAGAGACGCCAAUGGACCCCAUCACGGGAGUCGGGGUGGUGGCGUCCCGGAACCGAGCCCCAACUGGCUAUGAUGUGGUUGCACAGACAGCAGAUGGCGUGGAUGCUGACCUCUGGAAGGACGGCUUAUUCAAGUCCAAGGUUACCAGAUACCUGUGUUUCACAAGAUCAUUUUCCAAAGAAAAUAGUCACUUGGGGAAUGUGCUGGUAGACAUGAAGCUCAUCGAUGUCAAGGACACCUUGCCUGUGGGCUUCAUUCCCAUCCAGGAGACGGUGGACACACAGGAGGUGGUCUUUAGGAAGAAGAGGCUGUGCAUCAAAUUUAUUCCCCGGGAUUCAACCGAAGCUGCCAUUUGUGAUAUUCGCAUCAUGGGCCGGACCAAGCAGGCACCUCCCCAGUACACAUUUAUUGGGGAGUUGAACAGCAUGGGCAUCUGGUAUCGCAUGGGCAGAGUGCCAAGAAAUCAUGAUUCGUCUCAACCCACCACGCCCUCACAGUCGUCAGCUGCUUCCACCCCAGCCCCAAACCUGCCCAGGCACAUCUCACUAACACUGCCGGCUACCUUCCGAGGCAGAAACAACACCAGCACAGACUAUGAGUACCAGCUCUCCAAUCUGUACGCCAUAUCAGCAAUGGAUGGUGUGCCUUUUAUGAUUUCAGAGAAGUUCUCCUGUGUUCCAGAAAGUAUGCAGCCCUUUGAUCUCUUGGGGAUCACCAUCAAGUCCCUGGCAGAAAUUGAAAAGGAGUACGAGUACAGUUUCCGCACAGAGCAGAGCGCUGCAGCCCGGCUCCCACCCAGCCCUACCCGGUGCCAGCAGAUCCCCCAGUCCUGAGGCGCCCACAGCCUCCUGGGGGAGAAGACAUCUCCGACCCGGUGCCCAGACUACUGAUGGGGUGGCUGGGGUGAGAGUCACUCCCUCCCUCCCCCGUCCGUUCUGCUUGCCCUCCCCACUGACCAAGAGACUCUGGGCAGCUGCAUGGUCAUGGAUGGCCAUCAGCUUGCCGAAUGAGACUCCCUACCUCCCUGGGAACGUUGUUCAUAAUUGUGACUAAUGUAUGUGCUGUUAGUGACCAGAGGCUCCUAGCACACCUGUGUGAUGACCACUUACCCCACAAUGAAAGAAAAAAAUCCUUCCUAGCCUGGAGUCACCUGCAAGAGCCCAGGCACAUGCUCCAGUCACCCAGGGGUGCCCAGUGGCUCCCGACAACUGGCCAUCACCCACUAUGGGAACCUUACAAAGCCGCUCUCUCCCUCCUGGAAGACUCCAAGGUUGACUGCUCCACGUAGGACCCCGCAAGAUGCACUGGGAACAAGCACAGCUAGAGCAGACUCAGGCAGCCUAUGCAUUUCCUGACGACAUUGAGGAAACAGGACUCCGACGGGCUUGAGACAACUGUGACUCUUCUCGCAGCGCACACACUGGACAUCCAGAGAGCACAGAUGGAACCCUACUCUCUGUGGAGGUGACUGGGUGCUUACCUGGCUGGAAACUUGGCUGCUAGGGUACUGUGCCUGGCCGCAAGCUCCAAUCCCCACAAAGGGCUUACCUCUGGGGCCUCCUGCCUGCCAACAACAGCGCCAUACGCCUCUGCCUGGUGCCCUGGCCUGGUGGUGACUGACACAGAGCACGCUCUGAGAGGCAUGGGACCAGGGGCACAGUAAGGGGCACCAACUCCUCUCAGCGAGGCCCACCACACUGUCUAGGAGGCACCUUCCACCAGGAAUCUGCUGUUUUAGAAAAGUCCCAGGCCUCUGAAUUUGGGCCGGAACAUUUCACGGGUGUUAACCUGAGGUGCCAAGUUCAACCCUACAUGUGUUGCCAUGAGGACGGUGGUCAUUGCUGCCCCAGCUCUCAGCCUCACCACGAUGCACUGCUUUGCCACAAUUGGCUUUUAGCUUUUGAUUGACACUGGUCCCCAGAGGGUCUAUAGAUGUGGUGUGCACAGUCAGUGGCUCUGGGCAACUACACACCAGCUGGUUCAAACCUCUCCAGUUACAGCUCCAGAGGCAGCCACAGGUAGCUGGGUGCCCAGGGUGCAAGAGGAUCAGGAGCAAGAACCAGCCAACAAGAUGGCAUGAGUCAGGGCGGGGCCCAAAAUACCUCACCAACCUCCAUCAGCCCCUCAGGCCCUUUGUGGACAUCGUUCUUCCUCUUCCACCUUCUGCUCUGCCUGAUGGUACUUCAUUUCUGUGGGUCCCCUCACCUCCUUCAGACUCGAGGCCCAGAGCCUCCAGGUAGCACAUGGAAAGGCGGUUGGCUCAUCUGCUGGUGCCCCAGAGGCCUAUGGGCUCACCAUAGGCAUCUCUAGCAGAACCUAAUGCCACUCUGGUGCUCAGAGGAGCUAAGGAACUGUCCCCAGAUGGCUCCACAGGCAGGGGAUCCCGAGGACCUGUGUCUACUGCUGCUGCUGUAACACCAAGUGGCUUGUGUGACCUGAGGCCUGAAAGAGAUGGGGCAGCCACCCACAGUCUGUGUUGACUGGGAAGGUUCGGGACAAAGCUCUGGGCCUUCCUGACCAUUUCGCUAAGUUUGUGCACUUUGUCUUAUCACCUCUUUCCAUCCCCAGUUGUGAAAUCAUCCCCACCAGGUGACAUCAGGUGGCCCUCCCCAUGUCCCUCGGUGGAGAAUGUGGCUUCUUCUGCAGCUCUUAUAGGCCGUGGAAGUUAAGAAAUGAAGACAGUGGACCCUUGUCAGUGACCAAGGAGGCCAUGUGAGGCGCUUCCUGGAGGACGGACCCUGCAAACCGCACGCUCUGAGCUGGAGCAGCCUCGGACAUUGCAGACUUGGUUUCGGAUAACCCUGGCUGUGAAUGUGGUAGCACCAGCAGCGUCUAGCUUCUGAAGUGUUGAGGACGGCGUGGUAUCUGUGGUAGGUUUUAGGUUGCACCCAACCCCUGGUUUCUCGUCUUCUGGCGAUGGUAGUGGUCGUGUGUGUGCACCCGUGUCCACCUCGUGUGGACCUGGACAGACCAGACCUAGGAGGUGGGGCUGUGCUGUGUGGAGCGGUUUUGCACACCCCCCCCCCCCCCUGGGCACUGUAGGAUGAGCACAAGGAUUCGAGGGAGACAUGAUUAGCCACAGCCUCUCCCUCGGACCUCCCCCUCCCCCACCAGCAUGUCCCACAACUGCUGCUGUCCCUGCCAAGCACACACCUCUCUAGAAAAGGCUAACCAGAGCACAGCACCCUGUCCCCAGCACCCCCACACCGAAAAGUCCUUCCUAAGGGCCUUGGAAAGGCAUGUGGGUGAUAAGCAGGGGGAGGUAGAGUCCAGGAUCACCUGCAAAUUUACCAUAAGGCCAAGUCUAAGAAUUCAUGUCAGCCCAAGUCUGCCAUGUGGAGAGCUGAGCGCCCCACUCUCCCAGGGGAAGAAGGGACAGGUUAGCGCCAUGAGUGUUCAGCAGCACAGGGCCACCUGCGGCCAAGGUCGUUCUGAGGCCCCUCUGUCGGAGGGUGUUUGGCAAGGGGGCCGAGGUACUGGGUACACACUCUUCACUGGGCACUAGGCUUGGCAGUCAUAAGCACAUUUCCUGUCAUUCCCCCCCCCCGAACAAGCCCAGCAGUGGGUGCUCUCCGCCCCCCAUAACGUGCCUGAGGCUCGUCCAUAAGUUGCCAGUGGCAGAGGCAGAAUCUGACCCCAAAGCCCCUGGGCACCUGGUCUUUGUGUCCAUUCCCGUGAUGGGCUUUCCUUUACCAUGAGUCACCACAACAUGACAGUGGGUUCUGGGCACGGGUCAGGCUGAGAGCCUGCCUGCCCUGUGCCUUCCCUGACCUGAGGCCUCCCCAGCCUGAGAGUGUCUCCGGCCACAUUUGUGUACUCCUGGCCAGGGAGAACCGCUGAACUCAUGAAAUUGGUUUGUGUCCAUCUGCCCCCCAGAUCCUGAUGAAGAAGCUGGACCCUCCAUUCCUGCACCCAGCUCCCUCUCAGGUGGCUCAGCACAUCAGGGUGGCCCAGCUUUCUUCACCUGCUCUGGGCAUGAACCCCUGAGCAGCUGCAGCCAUCCGCACGGGGAGACCCGGCUUUGUUCCCCUUUAAAGGCUUGUGAGCUGCUGGGCCACUGUGUGGCGCUGGGACAAGAGCCGUAGACACAGCUGCCUUCCUGUGUAUUUAUUCAAGGUGACUGCUUGGCAAAGGGAGGUUUCACUGUGUGAUUGUAUUCUUAAUAUAAUUUGUUAAAUAAAUGUUUGUUUUAA